GACUCACUAGUCACUGAUAGUCAAGUUCAAACAACAAAACUGAUAAUAUUUAUCUCAAAAAUCGAAUGGCCGACUGCCGUAGUUGUUGAAUCAUAAGCUGUAGUUGUUACUCGUUAGUCGUGGUUAUUUUUAAAUAUCCAUAAUCCAUGUCAUUGUUGCAUGACGACGAAAUUGGGUGGCGAUACCGUCGUCUUACCUAAUCAGGUGCUCACAACUCGUUCCUAUGUAAGAACAUUAUGUAGCAUUACACAUUUGUAGAUGAGCCAUCAGAAUGACAGUCGCGGUAUUGGAUAAAUAUCAUUUGGGCAUUAGUGCCAUUGUUGUUGUGGCUAUGCAACUUUUAUUUUUCACUAUUGCCGUUACAUUUCAGUAUGAUAAAGUGGCUGAUUUUGCUGGUGGUAUAAGUUUUAUUUUAGUGGCUGUGCUAACAUAUGGAUUAGCUCAGACACACGAUAAUCGACAAUUUAUGGUAACAUUAUUUGUAUGCAUUUGGGGUGCUCGAUUAAGUUCUUAUUUAUUUUAUCGAAUAAUAAAAAUUGGAAGGGAUGCAACAUUUCCAGACAGACGUAGCAAUAUGAUUCGCUUUGCUGUGUUUUGGACAUUUCAAGCUAUUUGGGUGCUUGUUGUUAGCUUACCUAUUAUUGUUAUUAAUGCACCUCAUAAUUCGAUAAAAGCUGGAGCCCCUAAAACUAUGACAACAUUGGAUACUGUUGGCUGUUGUGUGUUCAUUUUUGGUUUCAUUAUUGAAACUUUUGCUGAUUUACAAAAGUAUGCAUUUAGAAGCGAAGAGACAAACAAAGGAAAAUGGUGUGAUGACGGUCUAUGGAGUAUGUCUAGACAUCCAAAUUAUUUUGGAGAAAUAGUAUUAUGGUGGGGUGUUUUUAUUGUGUCAUUGAAUGUGAUUGAAGGUCCAGAGUAUAUUGUUGUUGUAUCGCCAAUUUUUACAACAUUUAUCAUACUCUUUCUCUCUGGUAUUCCACAUUUGGAACGUGUUUCAGAUCAUAGAUUCAGAAACAAUGCUCAUUAUCAGCUUUACAAACGAUCCACUUCACCAUUAAUACCUAUACCGCCGUCACUUUAUAUUGAAGUUCCGGGUUUUAUUAAAAUGCUCUGUUGUUGUGAACUACCUUUAUAUAAUUGGAUGAGAGCACAUCCUUCAGAUCCUCCAGAAGCAGCUCCAGCUCCAAAAUCAUCCUAGCAAAAAAAGGGAGCGGGUGUAACUAUGGUACAGAUUACAGAUCGCUCCCAAGAAGGUCCUGUGUACUCAACAGCCACCACGUACGUCUAAAAUAUAAAACAUCUAAAAAUAUUUAUUUGAUAAAGAUAAUUAUUAUAAAAAUAAUGCAUUUAGGCAGUAUGGACAUCAUCAAGUAGGUAAUUAUUAAAAAGUAAAUGUCUAAUACCCAUUUCUUUUCAUGUACUGUUUAGUUAAAUAUAUUUAGAAUAAACCAAUGAAUUCAUUAUGGAAAAAUAAUAAGUAUUAUGAUGAAUUACUGUUAAAGAAGUUAUAUUUAUUCUAACCAAAUUUUGUUUUUUUUUUUUGUGUGCAAGUGUAUGUUUCAUUAUUAAUAAUUAUUUAAUAAUUUAUUAUUGAGAUAUCGCAGUUCUUCUUCCAUUAUAGUGUUAGCUUAUAAAGGUACUUAUUGUGUCAAGUAGGUUUGAAAUAUGGGAUCCAACUAUAAUUUUUAAAAAAUGUCUACAUAGUUUUACAAUAAAAACACUUAUGAUUAGUUAAAAUACCCCUGUAGUUUUACGUGCCUAUGCUAAUAACACGAAACACAUCAGCUGAAGAUAAAUGCAAAUUACAAUAUACAUUUUUAAAUAUUUUCAUAAGUCAACUAAAUAAAUAA